AUGCCGCGGACAACAGUACCCCGCAGCACUGCCUGUUCAAGCACUGCCUGCACUGCCGACACUGCCGCCGACACUGAGCAAGCGUUGGGCGGCAGCAUGGGGAGCGUGCCGAGAGAGGCGGGGUGCGGCGAGGACACAGCGUGGUUGAGCGGGGCAACGGCAAGGGGCAGCGCAAAGGAGGCGGCUUCACCUUGUGAGGGAGUUUCUGAGGAGUUAAGGGCAAGGCCCAGCUCGACCAAGGGCGCGGAGCCUAAUUGCGGUCAAGCUCAGGGUGGGCUCGAUCCCAGCCAGCCCAGCCAGCCCAGCCAGCCCAGCCAGCGACACUACUCUGGCUGCGCUGCCUGGCCCGACUGCGCAUUGCGACCACCACCAAAUCUCGCACAGCACGCACAGCCAACCCACACUCAGACUCUGCAAUCCUCCAUUCCUCCUCCAUCCUCUCGUCAACAUCCACCACCACCUACCCCUUUUCCCACCCAACACCACCCUCCUUCCUUUGCAACCGCACACCUCCUCACACACCUCUUCCUCAAGCGAAACACUUCACACCUAGUACGCCGUGCAUCCACAUCAGACCUCGCCACCUUCCUUCCCUCCCAAGGCCUCGGCACACACCCCAUGCGCCUCCACCAACCGGGGGGCCUCAACGGCGUCGAGGUCGAGGGCUCAUGUCCCCCUUCCCCCGGCCAGGCCAGCAGCCCCUCAUCAUCAUCCCGCAUCAACUCGUCACAACACUCGGCUUCCACGACACGACGAAGACUCAGUCUGACCGUUCCCCGACCAAGAACAGGAUCCCCGGCAGACUCUCCGACGUCCGCACGUGUGCCAUGGUCGCCAGUCCAUCGGACUGCUGCGGACAGCCCUGUGCCUCGCCGAGGAAGCACAUUGCCACCACCGCCGGCCGAGCACAACUUCAAGCAGAACAAGAGUGACGGCGAGGACGACUACGACCCGAAACGGACACGGCGAAGCCUUCACCACUCUUCCCGAUCGCGCCCCCACCUUUGGCAAAAUAAUAGUCACGUCUGGCACUCCGUCUCACCGAACAUUUCGCCCGUCCCGCCAUCACCAGACCCUAAUAACAUUCUGCCCCUUGCCAGCGUCGCAAGCCAAUCGGACGGGCAGGACUCGACAGGCGAGAGCUCCCCGCGAACGUCAUCGUCGUCUGGACAGUUCGGGUGGAGCGGCGAUAGCGAGGACUACUCGGAGGAAGACGACAUUCUGCGGGAAAAGGCGGCCGCCAACUCGUGGUGGGGUUCGCACUUCGACGACACAACACGGCAUCUUCUUCCUCGUUCGCUGGGCUUCAGCAUCCCGUUCGCCCCGCGGACACCACGACGACUGUUCCGAUCAGUACGCUCCGUCUUCCCGCCGUACGGUAACACUCCCCAGCACCCGGGACUGAGCCGACGGAAAUCACGGAGACGCUCCGAUUCGCAAGGACCGAUAUGGAAGCGCGUGUCUUCCUUUGCUCACAACGAGCCAUGGGGACUCGCGCUCUUCGUCGUCGCGUUCAUUAUCUUCGCCGUGGUCAUGACCGGUACCAUCAAGUACAUCCUCGACCCCGAUAAGCGAGCGCUCCCGUGGAGGGAUUACUGCCAGGAGGACUACCCUACGCUGUUCUCGUUGCAGGACCCGAAUUCGCCUCUGUUCCCGGCCGACCAGACGCAUCGUUCGCUCGCCGGAAGCGACCUCGUUCUCGCGCCGAUCACACCUGGUUCUGCUCAGUGGCCCUGGCCUGGAUCAUCACACAACCCUUACACGACCGACUUCGCGGGAGAAGCUUUGGAUUCCAUCGAACCGACUACCGUAUUCCUGGGCGUGUUCACCGUGGACCACUCGGUCGACCGAAGAAACGUCAUCCGCGAGACGUAUGGAUCGCACCCGAAGUCUCUGAAGCCGGGCUCAGAGGGAGUCAGGCUACGAUUCAUCAUGGGCAGACCUUCACCAGAGUGGGCGGAACGGGUCGCGGCCGAGAACAAGAAGCAUGGCGACAUUGUGAUCCUCGACAUUGACGAGAACAUGAACAACGGCAAGACGUAUCACUACUUCUCCUGGGCUGCCGAGCACGCAACCGUCCCUGCCUACGAGUACCCGACCGUCGGUCAAGCGAUCUACAAGGGCGAGAAGCGACCGGCGUAUGUCGCGAAGGCGGACGACGACGCCUUCAUCGUCCUGUCUGAGCUCGAGCGUCACUUGCGCGCAUCGCCCCGCAAGCUGACACACUGGGGUUACCUCGUCAACAACUGGUUCAUGGCCGGCGAGUGCUACGCCGUCUCGCUCGAUCUUGCAGAGUACAUCAGCACGUCACCGGAAGUGGCUCAGCACGUCAGCGGCAAGGAGGAUAAGCGGAUGUCGCAAUGGCUGCAUGCGCACCCGGAGCGCGAGAAGAUUACCUGGGUCUCGGAGAAGACAUGGAUCUACGACCACCCGCGAGCGCCCACCGUUUAUAGCCACGGCUUCUUGUUCCCGUCCGAGGUCGCCAGGACGAGGAAGCGCUACGCAGAGGGCUGGAAGCCUCCGCACUCGGCAUGGCAGUGGUCGAACGGUCCUGCCUCGUAUUCCACCGUCUCGCGCUUCGGUGAUACAUAUGCCCCUCCCGCGCCCUUCACGCCCGAGCAGCAGGUUGAGGCACUCGUCGAGGGAAGCGAGCUUAGCCUGCUGCGCGACGCGCCCCGUCCGCGAACGGCGGCGCAGCGCAAGGAGCAGAAGCUCCAGAUCGAUGCCGCCAUGGCGCGCCGCCCGACCAGACGUGAGCGGUUCCUCGGAGACGAGCGGGAGCGCGGCGGCACGGUCAUUGUGCACUUUAUCAAGAAAAACGAAUGGUUCUGGGAGACAGCGGCGGCGCUGCUCGACUAA